UAGGCACAGGCACGCGCGGGGCACUUCUCUCGCCCGUAUUCAGGAGUAAUCCAGAUUAAUUAUUUAGGCAUUAAUAACAACUCCAGCAAUUCAAAAUGAAAGUCUCCAGCAUAGACUGCCGGCGUCUGAGGAAAAUCAUCAGGAAGGAGUAUGGAAGAUGCCUUAUUGUGGACUGUCGACCUUAUUUUUCAUUCACGAACUCUAAUAUCAAAGGCUCAGUCAAUGUUAAUCUCAACUCAGUGGUGGUCCGGAGAUCCCGAGGAGGACCGGUGCCUCUGCAGUUUGUCAUCCCGGAUGAGAGAGCCCUGUUUAGGCUUCGUGAGGGGAGCAUUUCGGCUAUAGUAGCUUUGGAUGAUCGGACGUCCCACUGGCAAAAACUGAAAAAGGACAGCGUAGCACAAAUAGUAAUAAACACCCUGUCGCAUCUAACGAGCGGGGCCAGCAUCUGUUUCCUAAAAGGGGGAUACGAGAAUUUCCACGCUCUAUACCCUGAACUUUGCACUGAUGUGAAAACCAUUGACCAGAGCGGAACUGAAACCGAGAAAAGAGUCAGCAACCACAACGAGAAGCUUUCACACCACAAACCAGAUUAUGAUCAGGGUAAACCAGUAGAGAUCCUGCCUUUCCUCUACCUCGGUAGUGCCUACCAUGCCUCCAGACAGGAUUAUCUCAGCGACCUUCACAUCACAGCCUUGCUCAAUGUGUCACGCAGGGACCUGCAGCCGGCCAAGGGCCACUAUGACUACAAGUGGAUCCCGGUGGAGGACAGCCACAUGGCUGACAUCAGCUCCCACUUCCAGGAGGCAAUAGAGUUUAUAGAUCACGUGAAGCAGUCAGAGGGGAAGGUCCUGGUACACUGCGAAGCGGGCAUCUCACGCUCACCUACCAUCUGCAUGGCCUACAUCAUGAGGACCCAGCAACUGCGACUUGAUGCAGCCUUUGACAUCAUCAAGCAGCGCCGGGCAGUCAUCUCUCCAAACUUCAGUUUUAUGAGUCAGCUGUUGCAGUUUGAGUCGGAGGUACUAUCCAACGCCCCGGCUCACGCUGCCACACCUGAACCGGCCACACCCUGCGUCUCAGAAUCUGCUUCUUUUUUUGCCAAUGACUUUGCCACUACUUUUAACACCAAAAACUUUGAGCCGUCUGUGUUCACCUUCCCUACCUCUUGCCUGCAGUCCCCGGUCCAUCACCAGUUCAAACUGAGCCCAAUAACUGCACUGCCUUAAAGUGAACUGUGACUGCUUGUAGUCUUACUUGAAAAUAUAAAAAUCAAUGCUC